ACGGUGAGCAACAAUAGAUAAUAAAUUCGUGUGACGUACGGAUAAAAUCUCACUGUAAACAGGAACUUCGUUUCUGUUCCCGCAGCUCACCGUUUCUCUCCGGAUCCAUAACAAAGUGACACAGUCUUUCCUCUGGUGGAGGGAAAGCGCGAAGAAGAUGGCAGGCGGUAAAACAGCUGUGGUGAUGUGCAUGGAUGUAGGCCUCAGCAUGUCUAACUCUGCCCCGGGGGAAGAGUCUCCCUUUGAACUUGCUAAAAAAGUCAUCCAGAAGUUUGUUCAGCGCCAGGUUUUUUCAGAGACAAAGGUUGAGCUCGCUUUGGUCCUGUUUGGCACAGACUCCACAGACAAUCCUCUGAGCCAGAACGGCCAAUACCAGCACAUCAGAGUACAUCGACACCUCAUGGUCCCUGACUUUGACCUGCUGAUAGAGAUUGAAAAUCAGAUCCAACCAGAGAAUCAGCAGGCUGACUGGCUGGAUGCCCUUGUAGUUUGCAUGGAUCUUCUUCAUACAGAAACAAAGGGGAAAAAAUAUGAUUGUCUCAACAUUGCCCUGCUGACUGACCUCAACACCCAGACCAAUGCAGAAAGCCUGGAGGUUAUCAUUGAGAACCUCACCCAGUCUGGCAUCACCAUGCAGUUCUUUUUGCCUUUCCCUGUGGAGGAGGGAGAGGAGGGCCAAGGGGAUCUGGACAGAAGAGGCCCCGGUCACCCAGGCACAGGCAAAGGUCUUUCUAUGGAACAGAGGAAAAACAUGGAAUUAGUGAAAGAGAUCAUGCUAAGCCUGGAUGUGGAAGAUGGCCUGGAUGAAAUUCACACCUUCAGGGAUGCGAUUCAGGAACUGUGUAUGUUCAAGCGUGUUGAGAGGCGACCCGUGGCCUGGCCGUGUCAGCUGACCAUAGGCAGCUCGCUCUCCAUCCGAAUUGUUGGCUACAAAGCAUUGACUGAAGAGAGGCUGAAGAAAAUGUGGGUUACAGUUGACGCUCAAAGCAACCAGAAAGAUGACGUGAAGAGAGAAACGGUCUACUGCCUGGACGAUGACAAUGAAACAGAGGUGCAAAAGGAUGACACCAUCCAAGGAUUUCGUUAUGGAAGUGACAUUGUUCCCUUCUCCAAGGUUGAUCAAGAACAGAUGAAGUACAAGCAUGAUGGGAAGUGCUUCGCUGUGCUGGGAUUCACCAAACAGAGCAUGAUACGACGUCAUCAGUUCAUGGGCUCUCAAAUCCUCAAAAUUUUUGCUGCAAGGGAUGAUGAGCAUGCAGGAGUGGCUCUGUCGGCUCUUAUUCGAGCACUGAAUGAACUCCAGAUGGUGGCUAUUGUUCGUUACGCUUAUGACCGGCGCAGCAACCCUCAGGUCGGCGCAGCUUUCCCAUGUAUCAAGAAGGACUAUGAGUGUCUGAUGUACGUCCAGCUGCCCUUCAUGGAAGACCUCAGACAGUUUACGUUCCCUUCUUUUGAAAGCAAAAAGUUUACUCCAUCAGACGCGCAGCUGUCUGCUGUGGACUCUCUGAUUGACUCUAUGAUGUUGGUAGAAGAAGAUGAGAACGGAGAACAAAGAGACCUGUUCAAGCCCCAUCACCUUCCCAACCCUGCCUUCCAGAGGCACUUCCAGUGUCUGCAUCAUCGAGCAGUAAGCCCCGGUACCCCUCUUCCCCCCAUAGAGCCAUGGCUGAAAGCUGCUCUUGAUCGCCCUGAGGUCAUUAAAGAACACAGCCGGGCUCCACUUGAGGAGCUGAAGAGGAAGUUUCCUCUCACCGAAGUGGAGAAGAAAAAGAAGCUUAAGACUAGUGCUCAGAUUUUUGGCAAGGAGUCAGAGGAGUCUGAUGCCAAGAAGGCAAAAGAAGACGAAACAGCGGAGGAGUAUAACCUGGCCGACAUCGCUGAAGGCUCUGUUACCUCGGUGGGAAGUGUAGACCCAGCUCGAGACUUCCGUGCUCUGAUCAAACAGAAGACUCUUCCGUUCGGAGAAGUCUGCCAGCAACUGACUCACAGAAUAGAGCAGUUGCUAAGCAACAAGAACACACAGUACUACAUGAAAAGCAUCACCUGUAUCCAGGCUUUUAGAGAGCAAUCCGUUAAGCUGGGAAAUGCUGAUCACUACAAUAGCUACCUCCAGUCCCUGAAAAGAAGCAUCCCAAACAGAGGACUAGAGGUCUUCUGGGAACUGCUCGUGCAAGACGGUUUAACACUAAUCAGCAAGGAAGAGGUUGAAGGAAGCACCAUCUCCAAAACCGAAGCUAAUCAGUUUCUGGUUGCUGAGGAGAAGAAAGAGGAGGCAGCUGCAGGACCAGUUGAAGAUACUGGAGAUGUUGAUGACUUGCUGGAUAUGAUGUAAGAAAAGAUGGAAGAGGAGCGUCUGCAGUGGACUUCAGAGAAAUUAAAAGAAUGCGGACUCUCAGCCCAGCCAGACCAAACUAGUUCAGCCGUCCAUUGUUCCUUCCUCCUACUUGGAGUCUUGUUGUUCUUUGUAACUCUGCACUUAACUGUGGUUUAAACAUGCUGCCUAAAAUACUUUUCUUUAGAAUUCACAAAAAUCAGUCCAGGCUGUUGUCUAGGCUUUCUGUGUUUUGUUUGAAAUGCCAAAAUUACUGCAGUUUUUAUGGGUCUUACGGUGAUACUUUGCAAUAAUGAUGAAUACAGUCUGCACUAAAAACAAAGAAACCCUUUUGGAUUUUAUAGAAGAUAGAACUGUAGUGCCCAACAAACUGCAGGUUUAUUAUGAUAAAUCAUUAAAAGCUUUAUAGUUGA